AUGCACCAGGGUACACUCACUUCCUUUUUUAUGCGUAAGCGAGGUAGAGAGGGGGUAGAUGUUGAAGCUUUCUCUGAAAAAUUUAAACAGGCAAAUAAUGAUCUAGCAUCGAAAGCAUCCUGUAGUGAUACGGGAUCUGUACCUCAAGAGCCACUUGACGUCGAUGUUGGCAGGUUUUAUAAUGAUUUUGAAAAACACAGGGAGGAUUUCCAGCGCUUUCUGGACUCAGCUGAAAAGUCAAGCGCACCCAACAUGGCCAAGCUGUUUCAAGGUGAUCCCUUUAAUCCGUUGGAUGGCAUGCUAGAAUUGUGGCCCCGUUUGCCUGAAAAAAACGACUUCUCUAGGCCCUCAAUACAGCCAGCUGCUGUGUCAUCGGUGCCCUACUCCGUUGUUGUCGAUACCUUGGUGGACAUUAGCAGCACGAGCUCUCGGCUCGAAUGUGUGAAGCUUCUGACACGACUUUUCCAAACCGUUAUCGCGCGCUCUCCGGACGACCUGGUCGCGGUGAUUUAUUUAGUCAUAAACAAGCAGGCCCCACAGCAUCAGGGCGUUGAACUUGGCAUUGGUGAUGCGGUACUGGUUAAGGUAGUGGCGGACUGCUGUGGUAUGACAGAGGCGAGAGUGAGAGAGGAGUACAGACGCACUGGGGACUUGGCUGAGAUCGCCCAAGAUAACAAGCAAAAACAGGCGACUCUCAUGACCCCAACACCACUUUCAGCGCGUGACGUCUUCAAUGCUUUUUUCGAAAUUGCUAUCAUGAGUGGAAAGGACACGAUGCGACGACGAGCAGACAUCAUUAAACGGCUCCUUCGAAAUGCACAAGGUCCUGAGAUCAACCUGAUCGUACGAUCACUGCAGCAAAAGAUGCGUAUAGGUUUGGCCGAGUUGUCAGCCUUGACAGCCGUCGGCUAUGCCUUUGCGCUAAACUUUUUAGGCCCGCAAGCGGAAAUCAUGCGACCUGAAGAACUGCAAACUGCUCUCAAUGCGAGCUCGGGCAGUUUUUGUCGUUUUUUCUUCGAGGUUCCGAGCUUGGACAUUGUUGUAGCGACCGUAUUGCACCACGGUUUUAUGCUACUUCUGCCUGGAACGAGUGUUGCGGUCGCUCACGCCAAGGAGUUGUCAAUUCGUCCAGGAUUACCCGUGAAACCGCAGUUGGCGCACCCAACAGCCGGUAUCAGUGUUAUUUUAGACCGUCUUCAGGGAAAGUCCUUCACAACGGAGUACAAAUACGACGGUGAGCGUGCGCAAAUUCACUAUCAGAGAGAGAAAGGCUAUCAAAUAUUCUCCCGGAAUUCCGAGAAUCAUACGGGUAAGUAUCCUGACGUCAUUUCGAUGCUCCCUAGUGCGUUUGAUGCAGCUCGAGUGGAAUCCUUUAUCAUCGAUUCGGAGGUAGUGGCUGUGAGUCCGGAGACGGGGGCCUUACAAGCUUUCCAGGUGCUACAGCACCGAGGGCGCAAAAAUAUCUUAGAGAAAGAUGUCAAGAUUCCUGUGUGUGUUUUUGUCUUCGAUAUUCUCUAUUUUAAUGGAGAAUCACAAUUGCACAAAUCACUGCAGGAGCGAAGGGCUCUUCUCUGGCAAAACUUUAUACCUAUCGAGCGAAGGAUGAGCUUUGCCACUUAUCUGGACAGCGACAAUGUGGAGGAUAUGCAAAAGUUUCUCGAGAAAUCCAUCGCGGAUGGUUGUGAAGGUCUCAUGAUUAAGACUCUCCUAGAUGAUGCCACUUACAUUCCCGCCAAGCGGUCGCACUCCUGGCUGAAAUUGAAAAAGGACUACAUGGACGGCGUCACCGACACAUUAGAUCUUGUUCCCAUUGCAGCAUACUACGGCAAGGGAAAACGCACUGGGGUUUAUGGUGGUUUCCUCUUAGCCUGCUACGAUAGCGAAUCGGACGAGUAUCAAAGCAUUUGCAAGAUCGGCACCGGUUUCCAGGAAUCAGAGCUCGAGGGACUCACACAAUCGCUUCAGUCUUCCGUAGUCAUGGAGAAGCCAGGCUAUUAUCGCGCUAAUGGUGCUGACGUGGAUGUUUGGCUUCGGGAGUUGCAGGUCUGGGAGGUCAAAGCUGCUGAUUUGUCCAUUUCGCCUGCGCAUUUUGCUGCCAUCGGUUUAAUCGAUCCCGAUCGUGGCGUCGCCUUGAGGUUUCCACGCUUUCUACGCGUGAGGGAGGACAAGAAGCCCACAGAUUGCACUUCUGCGCAACAGGUGGCUGACAUGUACAGAUCUCAAUCUUUGGCGAUCCAAAAGGAGAAAAAGUACGACCCUGAUGAGUACUAA